GAUCCAUUGGUGCCCAAACCAAGACUGCAGCACGAUGAAGGAGUACCUGGUCUUCUUUGUGCACCGCCACUUGGACUUUCGCUUUCCGGAGCUCGAUGCGCUCCUGACGAUGCAGUCGCUUGACCCGACCGCUUGCUACUCGCGCGACGCCAACCCGCUCUCGUCGCCGCUUGUGCACAUCAAGCUGCCGUCCGAGGCGCACGCCAAGUUCCUCUCGCAGCGCGGCAUUCUUGUCAAGGGCGUUUACGAGAUCUGGGGCCACGGCCAAACGUACGACCAAGUCGUUGCCUCGGUCGCGGCCUUUGAAGAGCGCACGACGUACGUCGAGGAUGCGAGCUUGAGCUGGAAGAUCAACGUCGAUGCGUUUGGGCUCAAGCUGAGCAUGGACGAGCAAACGUCUCGCCGCGAGCGCUUCCGCGAGAUCCUGCCGUUCAAGGGACCAGUCGUGCUCUCGAAUCCGUCCAACACGUUUCUGAUCCUCGAAGACAUCGGCGUCGACGAGGCUGCCAUGACGCCACAGCGCAUCUUCUUCCUCCGAACUCUGGCCGGCGCCGAGCGCAACCGUGGCCGGGGCGGCGCCCGCGACCUCGUCGAUAUGCAAACGCUCAAGCGCCGCGCGUACAUUGGCCCGACGUCGAUGGACGCCGAGAUGGCACUGCUCAUGUGCAACAUGGCGCUGGUCAUGCCCGGCGACCUCGUCAUCGACCCGUUCGUUGGCACGGGCAGCGUCCUCGUGCCCUGCACGACGUUUGGCGGCAUCUGCAUGGGCACCGACAUUGACACGCGCGUGCUCCACGGCAAGAACAACAAGACCAUUUACUCGAAUUUUCACCAAUACAACUUGCCCGUGCCCGAGCUUGUCCGCGCCGACAACUCGCGCUCGCCGCUGCAGUGCCCCAUGUACUUUGACGCAGUCGUGUGCGACCCGCCGUACGGCAUUCGCGCCGGCGCCCGCAAAAGCGGACGGCGGGAGCGGACGCCGACGACGCCGACGCACCGCCCGCAUUGACCAAGUCGGGCAAGCCCAAGUACGGCCCGCGCGAGAUUCCCGAGGAGUGGCUCGACACGCAUUUCCCCGUGACGCAGCCGUACGCGGCCGAAGACGUCAUGAAGGACCUGCUGACGUUUGCGGCAAAGAACCUCCGCGUCGGCGGCCGUGUCGUGUACCUGCUGCCGACCACGUACGACUACACGGACGACGACUUGCCCGUGCACCCGCUCUUGCGUGUGGUCGCCAACUCGGAGGAGAAGCUCACGUCCAAGUACGCGCGGCGCCUCAUUACGAUGGAGAAGGUCGCGACGCCGAUCGCGACGUCGGUCCAAAAGACCAAGGACUUUAGCUUUGCCAAGCUCCGGGAGCGCAUCGUCGAGCCCAGCGGGAGCCAGAAGCGCAACGUCAAGCCCAAGACGACCGAGUAAGUGCGGGAUAAGGAGGCUGACAAUACCGCUACAUACUUACAUUUCCACACUAUGCAAAACGACGAUGUCUGUGGUGCUGGU